CUAUGGGUAGCAGGUUGGCCCAUACCAGCCCGCUCACUCCAUCACCAGCUAAUCCUUGGCCAAGACAUUUUCCUCGCGGAGCGCAUGGAUCUGCACUUGGUCUGGACGGCCGGCCGGAUCUUCCUCAAGCCGAUCCCGCGCUUUCUCCUCGAGCCUUCUUUCUGGACAGACCACCUCGCCUCCUCGCAGGAAUGUAUUCUUCCCUACAGACACGGACUCCGGGCGUGGGCUCUUGGCCUCCUGUAUUCGUAUACAGCCCUGAUUGGCCACGAGAGCUACUUCUUCAUCGCCAAGAGCAAGCACCUGCUCCCUGAAGAGGUUGAUUGGCAGGGCUGGAGGACGCUUGUCCAGCAGGUCCUCCAAGUAGACGACACCGACCGGAAAGUCGAUUCACGCCUCAUCAACGGCGAGCUCCGCUUAGGCCGCCUCAACAAGAUCUACAAACUAUCAAGGGGCCCUUUUCUACGGGGAUAUAUGCCAUAA